AUGGAGACCCGGCGCAAGAGCUUCGAACCGACCUCGAUCGCGCAGUACUACGAGAGCGUAUCCGACUGCCUCAGCUUCAACGCUGCCGCCGAGCGCCAGCGGAACUACGACCGCAAGCGCCGGGCGCUGGUCCAGACCAUCGGCUACGAAGCCGUGCUCAACCGAGCGAAGCGCACGCAGCUCUCGUACACAUCGUACGCUUCGCCUAGCACGUCGAGUGCGACGCAGCCGUCCUCGAUGAGCACAUUGAAGCCGGCGCCGUCGCCGGGCAUCAAGAUGCCGCAGACGUACAACAUGGACGCCAAGCAGCUCGCGGCCAAGUACAACAAGCCGAACGUGCCCGCGACGCUCAAGCCGAUGCUGCCGUCGGAGUCGACCACUGACGCCAAACUGCCCUUUGCGAUCGGGACGGAAGUUGUCAUCAAAGUCGCCGUCGACAAGCUUGCCGCAUAUGGGCUCUCGCAGCUCACGGGGAAGAAGGGCAAGAUCAUCUCGGCGCCGACGGCAAAAGGCCAGUUCUUGUAUGGCGUUAUGUUUGACAACAACACACUGCAGCACGUGCCCGUGGAGGCACUCGCGCUCGCCUCACAGGCAGGGCAGAUGCAGCUACCCGCGGCCAGCCAGCUCAAGAUUGAGCACUCAUUCCACAUGCACCGGUUGAUGCAGGACCAGUUCAAGGAGAUCCAGGCGCUCCAGAAGCAGCACGCCGAGUACCGGCAGGCCAACAACACGGCAGCCAUGGCCGAGCAAGAGGACGAGUUGCGCCAAAAAGAAAUUUCAUAA